AUGGAAGACCAAGUUUCUCAUGUUUAUCGACGAUGGGCCGAUCUGAUGCCUGAAAUGCUAGAGAAGAUCUUCUGCCGACUAUCUGUUCAAGAAUUGCUCAUGGUGGUGCCAUGUGUGUGCAAACCAUGGGGAAAGGCGGUGAAGAGGGCUUCCUGUUGGCAGGAGAUUGACAUCGAGGAAUGGUGCGACAGAUCCACGCCACAGAAGAUCGAUCAGAUGGUUCGAAUGCUUGUUAAUCGUAGUGGUGGAUCUAUGCGCAAACUCUACGUUUCUAAACUUUGUGGGGAUCAUAUCUUCUCCUUCAUCGCUGACAAUGCGACUUCUCUUGAGGUGUUGGGAAUGAGUAUAAGUGAUACGAGCAAUGAAGUGAUUGUUCGAGAGGCAAAUAAGUUCUCUAACCUCACUUCCUUGGAUCUUAGCUAUUGCUUGAAUGUGGGGGCUCUAGCUUUAGAGGCGAUAGGAAAGAACUGUCCACACCUUUCAACACUAAGAAGAAACAUGCAUCCAUUUGACGAUGAAAGCUUGAUUUGUCAAAUCCCCGAGGCGUUUGCCAUAGCCGAGACGAUGCCGAAGUUGAAGCAGUUGGAAAUAUCAGCCCUUAUGGUGGAUACGUUCGCAAUGCAUGCGAUUAUUGAAAAUUGCCAAAAUCUAGAGUUCUUGGACGUGAGGGAUUGUUGGAACUUAUUUAUUGACCAUGAAGAAAUGAAGUUAGAAUUCCCCAAGUUGAAAAUUUUGGGACCUGAGUUGGAUUACGAGCAGGAUAAAAUUAUUACCUUAGAAACUUUUUAUAAUCCAGAUUACCCUAACCUUAAGAAAUUGAGUAAGCUUAGGCCGAUGGAGUAA